AUGUUCCUUCAACUGUGUGUCGUAUUAUUUUUGAUUAAUAUUAUCGUUAAAGCUUGUGGUAGCGAGUGUACUUGCGUGUCCGGGUACCUUAGAGACGAAAAGUCAAAAUUGAGCACCCCCGAAGCCUUUAGGUUUUAUAAUAUUACGCCGUACCAUUUGCCCGUCCCACCGGUAGAUCAACUUAAGGCUGAAUUCAUAACUGCUAAUGUUGAAUUGGGAAGCUUUAUACCGCCCCCAAGAAUUAUUGACCCAGCUUUUAUACGCUAUCCUCAAGCAAAGGAAGGUGAAAAGUACACAUUGAUUUUACUGGAUUUCGACGGAUUUCAAUCAAAAGAUAUGAAAGGUUACACCUUAUACGCCUUGGUUGUGAAUGUUCCGAAAGUAGAUAAUAUCUUUCUGGCUGGAGAUAUGGUAGCUCCCUUCUUCCCUCAUGCACCGUCCUUAGGAAGUGGAAUACAUCGCCUAGGUGCCUUGUUGUACGAGCAGAACGGACGCAUUGAACCUAACAAUCCAGACAUGAUGAAUUAA